GAGCCCUGGGCUGUUGUGGGUGUCUGUGGGGCUGUGCUCUUCGAAGGAGGGAGUCUCUCUUCCAAACCCCAUUUUGAGCUGUGGUUUUGGUUUCCAUAGUGACACUUCCUGUGGUAGAGAAAAGAGGUAGUGAGUGCAGCACUGUGAGCGUGGCAGGCAGCUGCACUCCUUCUUUCUCUCCCUGCCGGGGAUGCUCAGAAGGCCGUGCUGCAGCCUCAGGGAGGGGCUUCUCCUAGGCUGAUGGUCCUGGCUUAGACGGACUACCUGUGACAGCAGCACGAGGCAUGCUGGGAAAACCCAAAUACCUGGGCGUCCAAAAUGGCCGAAUGGGCCUGGCUGUGUCAGAUGGGGAAUUAAACAGCUCGGGGGCUCGGGGCAGUAAUAACAGUGUGGACAGUCUGCCAAGCACCCAGAACGCCUCUCCUUCUUCGGGGAAAUCUGUAGCACGGUGGGCAGAGUCCUUUGAGACACUACUGCAGGACCGACUUGGUGUGGCCUACUUUACUGAGUUCCUGAAGAAGGAGUUUAGUGCUGAGAAUGUAUAUUUCUGGCAAGCCUGUGAACGGUUUCAGCAGAUCCCAGCUGGCAGCACCCAACAGCUGGCCCAGGAGGCUAGGAGGAUCUAUGAUGAGUUCCUGUCAAGACAUUCGGUCAGCCCGGUCAAUAUUGACAGGCAGGCCUGGAUUGGUGAGGAGAUGCUGGCCACCCCCACCCCUGACAUGUUUCACGUCCAACAACUCCAGAUCUUCAACCUGAUGAAGUUUGACAGCUACGCACGCUUCGUCAAGUCUCCAGUGUAUCAGGCAUGUGCGAAGGCCGAAAGCCAAGGGCAGCCCUUGCCAGAGCUGAGGCCUCACUCUCGAAGCGGCAGCCCCCCAAGCGACCAUGGCAAGAAAACGAAACUAAAAGCAGGGAAAUCGCUGCCGCUAGGAAUGGAGGAAGGUGGCAACUUAGGCAGCAGGAGCCCUCGGAGAUCCUUCCGGAGAGGGGACCGGAGGGAGCGUCACUGGGGAGAGGAAAGAAAUGGCAGUGAAGGGCCGUCCCACUGGCGUGAGUCUCAAGGCUCUUUGAAUUCCUCGGCUAGCCUGGACCUGGGCUUCCUCUCAUCUUACGCCACCAACAGUUCCCAGACUGAGAACAACAGGCAGAGCCUGACUGGCUCAGAACCUGACAGUCAGAACCAGCCUGUCAAGUACUGUUGUAUUUACCUUCCCGAUGGGACGGCCUCUCUGGCCCCUGUGCGCUCUGGACUCUCCAUCCAGGACAUGCUGGCUGGGAUUUGCCAGCGCCGGGGCCUCCACCUGCCUGAUGUCAAGAUCUAUCUUGUGGGGAAUGAAAAGAAGCCGCUGGCACUGAACCAGGAGAGCUUAGUCCUGGUGGAUCAGGAGGUGAAGCUGGAGACCAGGGUCAGCUUUGAGCUAGAAAUCAUGCCCCUGAAUAAGACAGUGUGCAUUCUGGCGAAAUCUACUAAGCAGCUGCGGGAGGCGUUGCAGCCCAUCGUGGAGAAGUACGGCCUGGAUCUCACACGAGUCCUGCUUCGACGGCCUGGUGAGCCCCAAGCUCUAAAUAUGGAAGAGAAAGUUACCACUGUGGCUUCUCAGAAGCUUGUGCUGGAGUCAGAUACAGAAGGGAAACCUCUUGGUGUGAGAAAUUCUGCAAUAAGCCCUUCUCGUGAGCUGAGUGAGGAUGACAGCUCUGUAGAGACAGAAUCUGAAACUGAUUCAUUUGGUGAGGGGUCCUGUUCCUUCACUAAGCCUCCUAGGAGCAAACAGAAUAGACGCACGUAUGACUUGGAAGGGCUCGUGGAUCUGCUGAACCGGGCACAGAGCUGCAGAGUCAAUGACCAGCGUGGCCUCCUGUCCAAAGAGGAUCUAGAACUACCUGACUUCCUUCAGCUGCCUGAACAAGAUGGUGUCUCCAGCAAGACCAGUUCCUCAUCCAGCCCAGCCCCUGAGAAAAAGUCCACAUCUGAGGCCCCCAGUGCUGAGGCAGCCACCGUCUCUCAGUGUCAGGCCCAGAAGAAGCAGUUAGUAUCUCAGGCUUCCCUUUCAAAGCCGCCUACGGGAACUCCAUCAUCAGCAGGUCCUGCUGGGAAACCUUCAGCCAUGUGACCUCCUCCAUGACUCCAUCCACCAGCCAUACUAGUCCCUUCCAGGAGGCCUAGUCAACCUCAUGUUCCUUGCAGUGAGGUCAGGUCCCUCCUGUUCAGUAUAUGUUGUGGUACCAUGUUCUGCCUCACAGAGACUCCUCCCCUCUCAUAGGAAUACGGUCCAAGGCGUGGCUACAGCCUGCAGCCACCUCUAGGGACCCCCAGCCUGUCUUCCAGGAAUAGAAAUGUGUCCUCCUAAUGUUCUGGCUGACUCUCCUCCCUUGGAACUGCCCGUGCUGGCUGGGCAAGAAAAUGCCAGUCUUGCGCACUUGCUGUACCAGACCGUCGUAUGGUGUCGCUCUGUGUUGUGAAACAGCUGCCCAUGGCUGCCCCAGCAGCAACCGCAUCUCUGUGGCAGGUGGUGAUGACGCCUGUAUAUAGUUUGUAAUUUUUAGUCUUUGUAAAAUGUAAGAUAACACUGUUGCUUAAGUCGU